AUGAGACACUUCAACGUCGUCGUCCUAGGAGCUGGAGGAGUAGGAAAGUCUGCGUUGACGGUGCGAUUCGUUCAAGAUGUCUUCCUGGAGAACUAUGACCCCACGAUCGAAGAAGCCUAUCGGCGCAUCCUCGAUAUCGAUGGUGUUCAGACUUCGCUAGAAGUACUAGAUACUGCUGGUGCUGAGCAAUUUACUGCUUUGAAAGAGCUUUACAUCAAAGGUGGCCAGGGAUUCGUAUUAGUCUUCAGCCUCACACAAGAAGCAAGUCUCAGGGAGCUGGACAAUCUUCGGCAGCAGAUACACCGAGUGAAGGGAAUGGAUAGCGAUGUUCCUAUCGUUGUUGUUGGGACAAAGCUUGACCUCGUCCACGAACGAGAGGUGGCAAGAAGCACGAUACAAUGCCUGGUCGCGCUCUGGAAGAUACCAUUCUACGAAACGUCAGCCAAGCGCGAUUGGCACAUUAACGAUGUUUUCCAGGAACUUGUCAAGCAGAUGCUUAUGCACUACCCAGAUGAACCCCCUCCAAAGAAGGCUUCACGCCGGUCACGCCGGAGGCACUGCAUCGUGAUGUGA